UUUGAACUCAUCUUGAAAAGGGAUAUUAAAAAAUUGAUUCAGAGUGUUGAACUCACCAAUGACAACAACGUCAGUCAGCCAUGAGAAUGACAUCAUUCAAGAUUAUGUGCAUGCUCAAUUGACAGCGGCAUGCAAGGAAGGAUCCUUGACGCUUGAGACUAUCAUUGAGAAGCCUGUUCUCGAUUGCUAUAACCAUGAAAAGUUGUUAGACCUUAUGGCACUGCCCACUCUGGAUAUCGCCUCUAUCAAAGAAGCCUUCAUGCCACCAUGUACUAUGCCUAAUAGAGCAGCAAUCAUAGAUAGAAUAAUAGCAGCAGGCUUUGAUCCAUUACCAGAUAUACAGUCAAUAUCCAAUGUAGUCGCUAUGACAACAACAUCUACAACCACAACAGCCACUGUCAGAACAACACCAGUGACACUAUCAGGAAUUCCACCAAUUGACGGCCGGACACGUCUCGAUCCACGGUUCAAGGUGGGGUUUUCAGAGCUACAUGGGCAUGCUGUGGAGAUAGACAGGAAGAGCAACGAUAGUAAUCGACUUGAGGCACACGGAAGAAGAAGGGUAGAAUCAGGGACCUAUAUCUUUGAGCAUGACGAGAUGCCAUAUGCAAGUGUCAUAGAAAAAGUUUGGAAAGAUAGACUCUGUGAAGAAUGUCUAAGACGCCUGCCAAAGGAUAGUGAGGUCGUGGCAUGUCCUUCAUGUCCCAAGGUUAGAUCCAAUGCGAGUUCAGCCGAAAUAACAUUCAAUAGGAGUUCUUUGUCAUCAUCAACAUCCCAAGGAAGAUUUACAGACCAAAAGAUACCGCAGUCUGAUGGGGUAGCUCGUUUUUGCAGUCAGAGUUGUUUACAAAGCGCAUGGCGAGCAUGGCAUGGAUACGAAUGUGGGUAUUCAGCUCAACUGAUGGGACACAGUCAACUGACUAGAUUAGCUCUAAGGAUUUUGUGGCAAAACGUUCGUCAUGGCAUCUUUAUUACGGCUUCUUUGUUGGAUCUAUUAACCCCAGCACCCACGACCUCUGACCCUGCAUUUUCUCUCAUAAAUACCGUUGCAGACCUUUCUCUCGAUACUGACGGCAGCAGCCUUGACAUGAGUAAUAAUUCACUUUGCUAUUCGCCACGCUCCAUAAAUACCAAUGGAUCCGAUAUCUUACCUUCACAGCUCUGUCACAAUUUUGGUCGUCUCAACCGUGUAACAAAAUUGGCGUUCCUAAUGACAGGAUACUACCUUCAAUGGCUUAUUGAUCUUCCAGAGGACUUAGCAGUGGAGUUGGCGUAUCUUCAGGCCCUUGUAAAGUUUAACUCAUUUGCCAUCAAGGCUCAUUUUCUGACUUCUAUGGAUCGAUCUAAGAAUAUAACGGAGAGAAAUGAAUAUACUAUUGGAUCAGCUCUAUAUCCUUUGGCAUCUAUGUUCAAUCAUAGCUGCACGCCUAAUGCCAUGGUUGUUUUCGGUAAAGACGGAAAGCUUUUGCAAGACAAGAGCGUUGGUGGAGGGCUUAAGGAUGAUUUCAAAGAGCCUGAUCCCCGUUUAAUCAAUGUUAUCACAAGUAAGGCCUUAAGAGUCGACUCUGACCUUCCUGUGUUCAUAAAGAUUUCAUACGGGCCGCAGGCAGGAAGAAUGAGUACCAAAGAGAGGAAGGAAUAUCUGCGACAGUCGUAUUUAUUUGAAUGCGAUUGUUCUGCUUGUGAUGACCAAGAUGCAGAAUCAGAUUUGAAAAAGGUUUAUUUGUGUCAAAAGAAUAGGUACGAAUGUCAACCUAUGACCGAGACGGACAAAAGGUGUCCAACUUGUAGUUCACCGAUCGACAUCAAGAAGCGACAAAAAAUGCUACAAGCGAUUAAGCGUCUUCUUACAGAGACUCAGGAUCCGUCUUUGAUCCCAUCCAAGCGCUUGGCACUUCUCGAAACUUUGGAGAGCGUGCAGUCCGAGAUGUUUGUUGACACUUACAUUUUAUACGGCAAUACUUGCGAUCAAUUAGCUAUGAUGUAUGCGCAAAAAGGAGAUUUAGACAAGUCAAUUGGAUGGUGCAAAAAAGCACUUAAAGCAGUUGUUGUCCACUUUGCACACAACUCAAUCGAAGUUGCUCAGGAAACACUCAAACUUGCAGGGCUUUUAUUCAACAAUAUGCAAGUCAAGGAAGCGAUGAAGCAGGUGCAGAUUGCAAUAACACUUUACAGGGACCAUUAUGGGGUCAAUUCUCGUCACCCAGACUUGCUUGAGUUGUAUGAGAUGGAGAAGAUUCUCAAACCCCUUGUUUGACCAUUGUCUGAUACUUUUAGUAGCACUAGAGUAGUAAUGGUAAUAGAUCUAUUAUGUCUUAUUUGGGUAGAGGAAUAAACAGU